AUGCCGCCGAGUAGGAUUCGACGAGCGACCAUCGCGAGGGGCGCCGGGUCAGCCUGCGGCGGGGCAUCGCGCGCGGGUCACGGAGGGUUACUCGCGCGGGGUUCCUCGCCGCCCGUCAUGUGCGGCGCGGCGAACAGCACGGAGGACGUUCACGCGUCCACCGACGCGUCCCUUCCAGAUGCGCACCCUUCCUCCGCGCCCAUCCCCAAACCUUCUUCUUCGGGCGACGACGCCGACAACGCGGAGGAGCUCGAGGCGAUGCUCGCGGCGUUGAGGGAGCUGCGGGGCGAGAUGAAGAGCGCGAUCGAGUCGCCGUUGAUGCCGAAUCGGCAGCAGAGGGUGCUGGAGCUGCUGCGAGAUCGACCCGCGCUCGCGCACAGGUGCGGCGUCUUCCCGGACGUCACGCCCAAACUCGCCGAGAACAAUCCCCCAGUCGCCGCCGAGCUCCUGCUGUGCCUCGCUCGGGACCACCCGGCGCCGUCGCACAACCUCCCGGCGCACUUCGACGCCCUAGUUGCCAUGCCCACUAGUUUGCACUCCAUGGAGGUGGUCAACAGGCUCGUCUCGGAGGCGUCCGAGCUGCUGCCCGACGACUUUGUUCGAGCGUACGUCGCGCAGUGCAUCUCGGCGUGCCGGGAUGGAGCCGGAUCGACGGGGGCCGGGCCCGGCACCAGCCCCGGCGGCGAGGGCGGCGCGCUCUCGUCGGCGUCGGGUCUCUCAUCGGGAACGCCCUCGCCCGGCACCGGGUCCCGCAUGGUCCGCCUGGUGUGCAUGUUCCUGCAGCUGCUCGUGCGCCGCGGCCGCAUCAGGGGCGGGACGGACGUCGCCGCCGAGGUGUCGUCGUUUUGCGUGGAGCGCAUGCGGACGAAGGAGGCGGCGGCGCUGUACCGGCUGCUGAGAGCCGCGGAGGAGAGGGAAGGGGGCGACGCGGGGGAGGGAGGGGGGUUGGGAGAGAUCGGAACGCGGUGA